AUGGCUACUUCUUCACUGCGGCUCCCGCUCUCGCUUUCUCUGCCGAACCGAAGCUUCCAGCGUAACAUUCCGAUAAUACCCCCGAGGUGGAACCGUAUUUACUGCUGCUCUUCCGCCGCCGCCACUGUUGAAGAGAGCUUAACUGAGAGGGAGAGAUGGGUGUCCGUUAGGAAGAGGAAAGUGGUUCUCCGGGUCGGGUAUGUGGGCACCGAUUACCGAGGUCUGCAAAUACAGAGGGAUGACCCUUCAAUAUCUACUAUUGAGAAGGAACUAGAGACUGCCAUAUUCAAGGCGGGUGGGAUUCGGGAGAGUAAUUUCGGGAACCUGAACAAGAUUGCAUGGGCCAGAAGUAGCCGGACCGAUAAGGGAGUUCACUCCUUGGCGACAAUGAUAUCGUUGAAAAUGGAGAUCCCUGAAAAUGCGUGGGAUGGAGACCCUUAUGGCAUUGCUCUAGUGAAUCACAUCAACUCUUACCUUCCUCAGAAUAUUAAAAUUUUUAGUGCCGUACCUGCGCAGAGGAGUUUUGAUCCCAGAAAGGAGUGUAAUCUCCGUAUGUAUUCCUACCUCCUUCCUGCUGAUGUUAUUGGAAUCAAAAGUCACUUUAGCGCAGCUGAAACCAAUGAUCACAUUGCAGACUUCAAUGAGAUACUAAAUUCUUUCGAGGGUGAACAUCCUUUUCAUAACUAUACAGUACGAUCUAAAUACAGGAUGAAACUUCCUGGAAAGAAAUCACCUAUAUACAGAAAUAUGUCAAAAACAGAAAAAUCAACUGUUGAGGCAUCACCCUCUGAGCUUGAGGGAAGUGAUGAGGAAGAUGAAUUUGAAGGAGAAAUUUCAUCAGAAACUGUGGUACUGAACCCAACUUCUUUCCUGCCCAGCAAUGGGAAUGAAAUCUUAUUGAACGCUGGUAAGAAGCAGGAAGAUGUUCUGAAGGAGAAAAGUACAGAUUUAGUUAUUCGUGCAAAAUGGUUAUAUGAACCUGAUGAGAGUGAUCGAAUCGGUGCUUCUCAUUUCAGAAAGAUAGUUCGCUGUUCUUGUGGAAAGCUUGAAAAAUCUGUGGCGCAUAAUUAUGUUGAGGUUUCAAUAUGGGGAGAAUCUUUCAUGUUACAUCAAAUUCGCAAAAUGGUUGGGACUGCUGUAGCCGUAAAGCGCAAGUUACUCCCAAGAGAUAUUCUGACAUUGUCACUGGCCAAGUUCUCAAGGAUAAUUCUACCCAUUGCCCCAUCUGAAGUUUUGAUCUUAAGAGGAAAUAGAUUUUCAAUUAGAGAAAGACCUGGAAAUGUAAAAAGGCCUGAAAUGAUUGUAAUAGUUGAAUCAGAAGAAAUUAUCAAACAGGUUGAUGAGUUCUUCACAUCUGUGAUGUUGCCUCAGGUUGCAAAAUUUCUAGAACCUUCAGGAUAUCCUUGGCAAGAAUGGAUUGAAAACUUGGAUAGAAACACAGGUAUUCCAGGGAUAGAGUUGGAUGAAGUCAGAAAUGCUUGGAAAGUGUGGAAGGAUAAGUUUGAGAGUGAUGCAUCAGCCCUAAAGUAAUAAGAGAAGGCAGGAACCAAAUGUUGGCAUGCUUCGUAUAUAAGAUACCUUAAUCCGUAUAUGCGUCUGAUUGUUUUGUCUGAUGACCGAUGACUCGGUAGUGUGAUCAUUUUCUCUGAAAUAGAUCACUGAUUAAAGCCGAAUAUAGCAGUAUCUGGGUUCUACCUGGUUCCUGCUGCUGAAUGAGACCCAUCAGAGACCAUUAAUAUCGAUUUUGUCCUUUUAUGCUGAUGUUGAUGUCAUAACUUGUUACCGUCUUACUGUCAUUCAUGUAAUCUUACUUGGCUGGAUCGUGGAUUAGAGGUGUCCAAAAGCAUGAAGCCUUAUGAGAGUCUGGAGACUUGCAGUUUGAAAUGACUAAGAAGUUAAAUAAUUGGAGCUUAUGCUACCGAAGGAUGUCGCAUUUUAUCUGAGGGAAUCAAUCUUCAGUGAUCAGCACUUUGAUUUGCCAAGAAUAAUUGUCUUUUGUACGUUUUAAGCGUUUUCCUUUACAUUUACGAAAUGAACGAAUCACACCAUUCUUUAUGCCAUUUUGGCAUUAAAGGUCUGUAUGCUCUUUGGCUCAUUGCUCAAAGCAUUAUUUUUUCAAAUGCAAGAAGCACAUUUAGGAAGUAAAAUAUGACUUUUCCAUAACAAAUGCUUUUGUUAGUUCACAUGUUGAUCGAUUUAUAUAUAACUCAGGUCAAUGUAAAAU